AUGAACCACCCAACCACCUUUCCCAUCAUUAGGGGCAACAUAAACUGCGGGGAUUCGCUGGUCGUCACCGACCCAACUACUAAUCCGCCGGUUAGUGGCUUGACUAUGGGAGAGCGGACGGGAUCCCGUAUUUUCCACUACCUAUGGUCUUCCCACCGAGCACUAACACCAAAGCAGCUUCAGCGUGCUCGAGCGGAAGCCUCUAGCACCAACCUGAUCAUCAUCUUGGGUAUGAUGCAGGUGUCGAAGCAUGUUCCCUUCGAUGAUCCUUUCGUGCUCAACGUCGUUCGCGCCGUCUACCUCGCCAGCAGCGCGAUCCCACGUCUGGAAGAGUUCGUCUUGGUCAUGCACGAGGGGUAUGCGAAGUGGGACCUUCACAAGAUCCAUCAAAUCGCAAAUACAAAGCGACCCUGA